UGACGUAGAAUCAAGUGAUGCUCAUGCGAGUUCGUAUUUGCUAAACUUCGCAAUUCGGAAGAAAAAGAAAUGAAGCUGUUUGCCUUCGCAAUUGCGAUCUUCUUGUACAUAUUGAUCGUUUCCAUCGAAUGUCACAAAGUUCAACAUCAUCGAGAAAGCCGAGGAAGCGUGUCAAAGUCCCACACUCGAACCCGCGGAAUAAUUCCCAGCAGAAUAACUCGGUACCGAGGACAUCGGAAUACCACACCUUACAAGUACCAUCGAUUUUGGUACCCCGGCAGCUCCACUCAAACCCAAAACGGACGGCAUUUGAACAAAUGGUACCCGAGCAGGUGGUACGGGAACCCAAAUUACCAGGCUACUUACGUGCGGGGUUCUUCUGGGCCAUCGGGGAACAACGUGUAUCAUUAUUAUUACUAUCGGCACUCGACUCCGAAAACGCAUUCGAAUAAAUAUGGAUUUCCUGGAUCGACUUCUGGAGGUUACGGAUUCAAACCUAUAACUGGGAAUUACAUCGAAGAACAGGCUGUUCUCGAUGAAAAGGAAAAUCAAAAGGAUUUACUUACGAUUCCGAAUGAAAAUCCGGAUGUCACUCAAUCAGAAGAACAGUCGACCUACAAGCAAUCGACUUCAACUACCACCGAAAAAACAGUUCCCGACCCAGAGAAAAAUGAUUCGAAAAUUAUGGAGGAAGAACCUGAGGAUUCAGCAGCUGAUGACGAAAAAUCAACGGAAGAAGAAGAGGAAAAAGAAGCAGAAGAAGAAAAAGAGGAAAAAAACGAAGAAGGCGAAGAAGAAGACGAUGAAGAAGCGGACGAAGAACAAGAAGGACUUACGGAAGAACAAAAAUUGGCAACGGAAAUGACAAUUUCGCAAAAUACUGCAACAGAAAUCCCAGACUAUUUUUCUGAUGACGUAGUAAUUUCUACCUGGACACCUCCAUCACCUACAACAAUAACUGAAACCACAAAAACGUCAGAAACAGCAACGAAUGUCGACAAUUUCUCAACUGAUGAUGAUGAUGAUGAUGAUGAUCAAUCAUCCAAUACAAGUACAACAGAAACCAGCAUCGAUUCAACAACAGAAAAAAACAAGACACGUCCACUAGUCAUUCUUACAACUGACGAGCUUUCACCUGCUUCUGACGAUGGAAACCCAUCAGAAAACAUAGAUUAUUUCGAUGGUCCAGAAAGAGCAGAAAAUCUGAACAAAUCUGAAUCGGCAACAACAUCCAUUGAAUCUUUAGUUAAUAACGUUUCAAAUAACGAAGACUUUGACUAUUCUGACAGUUUCAGUGACGAUGAGAAAGCACCAGCUUCCAGCAAUGUAAAAACCAAAAAGCCAACCCCUAGAUCGAAAUCUGCGCCAAAAGGUCGACAAUUGGCAGUUGAACAGUCAUUUAGGACUCAGAAAUCAUCUUCUGACGAUGGCCUCGGGCUCAUGCCAGUUUAUUCGCCUGAGAAUAAUGGGAAUAGAAAAGACGAUAGACGCAGAAUCCGUAGAUCUAUUAGCCCACAAAAUGUAGAACGAAUCGCGAAUUUGGCGGAAGUCUCAAUAGCGAGAUCAGCAGCGCAGGACGCGGACUUGGGAAUCAAUUUUGACUUUGUACAAGGAAAUGAAUCCAACAACACAAAUAUGCAGAAAAACGACAGUGCUUCCAUCAAUGGAUCUUCGUUGAAUGAAACAGAUUUGAGCGUCGGAGAUGCCAAAAUCAAUGAGGCUUCGAAUAAUUCGUCAUCAGAAACGGGACAAUGGAGUUCGGAAGGGUCAUUCACGUUGAACAGUUCAAUGAAUGUUUCUUCAGCGUCAGAAAAGGACAAUUCAACAACCCUUGGAACCAACUCCACAAAAACUGCAGGGGAAAAUGCCACGAAGAAUAUUUCUUCUGCUGCGAGCAGCAAUUUAACAGUCGAAGUAGCUCCGGUGGAGAUGAGUAAUGCUUCGAAGACUAAUAAUUUUACAGCUGGCAAUCUUACAGCGAACACUGCAGCUGCUGGGAAUGGUUCAACUCAAGGUUUUAUGAAUGGAACUUCAAAUGAUGUCAAUAACACGCUUGUAAACUCCACUUCCCCACCAAAAAACUCCAGUUCAACGACAAACAACGUCACUUCAACGACCGAAACCUCUACGAGUGUCUUUUCAACUACUGAAAGUGCGUCACCUAGUGACAAAAACAUGACAAAUGCAACGCUCUCAACCGCAAUAGUCGUGCUAGAUGUCACUGACAUCACUCCAUCCACAUCGCCGGUCGAUCUCGGUGCUCUGAACGAGACGUUCAUGGAAGACAGCACCACACGGUUGACUUCAAGCAACACAGAAUCAUCGGGAACUGAAGAAGUCACAUUCAACAUCACCGAAUUCCUGUAUCCGCUUCCAGAAGAAAGCACGACUGUGAGUUCCAUACAAUUUAUGUUGACGACGGAGAAGAGAAAUAAUUCUGAAGAUGUCGAAGAUUUGUCUGAUGGAAAUCUGGACGAUCUUAUGGGGAAUGAAUUUGAAAUUGAAUCUUUGAAAGAGGAUGACGACGAAUCGGCAAAUGAGAGUUCGUCAUCUGAGACGAUAGAAAGCAACGAAUUCGUCUACCCGUCGACUUUCCUCUGCCCGCCGUUCGAUUACGACUGCAAACCCGGAGUGAACAAGAAACCCCCGAAGAACUCGGACCGAGACGACGACACUGAAGAAGACCGAACAAUUUUCCAUACUCAUAUGUACGCUUCCGUAGAAAUCGAACACGGAUCAGUGCUUGGAGUUCAAGAAUCAUCGGCGGAUGGGAAUUCGGGAAAUUCCAGGAACUUCGUUUUUCUGGGAAUCCCGUACGCCUUGCCUCCCGUCGGUGACUUGCGAUUCAAGCCUCCAGUGCCACAACCAGGUUGGACUGGAACAUGGAAUGCAACUGCAAGUCGUCCGAAAUGUCUUCAGUAUGAUUCUAUUGUCGAACUAGAUGUUGUCGGCCAGGAAGACUGCUUAUAUCUCAACGUUUACACGCCGAAAUUACCGUCAUCGCCUGAGGAUGCGAAGCUGCCAGUCCUCGUGUACGUCAAUGGAGUCUUUUUCUCUUCCGGUUCCGGUAAUGAAGAUCAGGUGUAUCCGGCAUCAUUCCUCCAACACGAUGUGAUCGUGGUUACUGUCAAUUACCGUCUUGGAGUUUUCGGAUUCCUGUCGACUGAAGAUGAGGCAGCACCCGGAAAUUACGGAUUGCUAGACAUCGCCGAGGCCUUGAAAUGGGUGCACACCAACAUAGUUUUCUUUGGAGGAGACGUGGGCUCUGUGACUUUGGGCGGUUACGGCUCUGGGGCCUCUGCUGCGCAUCUCCUGGCUUUCUCGCCUGCUGCCAGAGAAUUAUUCUCCGGCAUGAUUUUACAAGCUGGAUCAGCAUUAUCAACAGGAUCUCUGACCACUGGUCACAGAAAAGUUGCAAAAACUUUGGCAGCACAUUUGGGCUGUUCCAUUGAGAACAGCAAUGCUACCUUGCAGUGUUUAAGACGCCGGUCAGCGACAUCUUUGAUCAAUGAGGCUAUAAAUAUGACCCAACCUUUCACUCAUCUUUUUGCGCCAAGGAUAGACAAGGAAUGUGACUCGCCUAUAGUGAGAGAAGAUCCGUUGGAAUUGCUGCAGAAAGGAGAAUUCUGCAGAGUCCCAUUGCUGAUUGGGUUCCCGAAGGACGUCGGACUGAUUCAUACCUACGGUUCGAUCAUCGAAAUUAUCAGCAAAGAAAUACAAAUUCUCUCGAGGCCGAACUUGUACCUGAACGUCUUGGACACAAACUGGACGAAAGUUUGUCCAGUUUCGCUUCAGCUUCAAGGCACUAGUUGUGACUGUGACAGAGCAGCUCUUUGCAGAGUGAUUCGCAAAGAGUAUUUCGGUCAAAGACCGAUUGAUUUGUCAUCCGCUUACGACUUGACGAAUUUGAUGGGAGACAGGUGGUUCAAACAGGGCAUAACUCAGUCAGCUGCGAAGCAUUCCAAGUUUGCUGACACCUACUUCUACGUGUACAAUUACGAGCCGAAAUACAGUUUCAGGAAUGUCCUGUUUUCGGGGCCACGCAAAACUAUUUUCAACAUUUCCGCGGACUUCACUGAUGGCGUGUUUUACGGAGAUGAUUUGCUGGCAGCUUUCCCCAGUAAAGGUGUCACUGAUCGGAAGCGAAUGGACGACGAAAUUUCUCGAUUCAUGGUGCAACUCUGGGUCAACUUCCUGAAGCACAGGAAACCGAUCCGAGAAAACAGGGAGAGCAUUAUUUCGUGGCCCAAGUUUACUGAAGAAAAUGAACGAUACUUCGUCAUCGACAAUCCACCAAAGCAGAGAACGAAUCCGGUGAAUCCCGAAGUCACUAAAUUUUGGGAAUUUGUUUCCUACAUUUCCGGGGCAGUGUGA